UAUUAUGAUAUUACUAUUGAAGUUGGUAAUGACCCUUAUAUAAAAAUAUUUCGUGCUCAUAUGGUUAUAUUACAUUAUCGUUCUCCUUACUUGCGAAGAAUUUUAUCAAUUAAUAAAAAGAAAAAUGAUGGAACUUUGGCACAUAUUAAAUUGCCAAAUAUUUCUCCUGAAAUUUUUCAAAUAAUUUUGAGGUAA